AUGGCGGUCUCUAAGAUGGCGCCAGAGGUGAGGUCCCGCAGUCCUCACUCUUCUCUUCUGGCAGCUGCAGAAGUGAAGUUGGCGCACGUGUGUGCGUCACGCGUCAGCACGUCCUGGAAUGCAGAUGUCACAGGCCCCUGCUUAACCCGGAAGUCCCAGAAAGCCCUGGAGUGUGGAAUUGGAGGAGGAGCACUGCUAGCCCCUGGCAAGUUGGGCAUGCCAGUGGGUGGUAGCAGGCCGGCGGAGGAUCUUGCCAGCCUCUGGACCAGAGGCCAGGGAGCACCAGGGAGAGACGCAGGAUUCCGCAGGAUUGCCCUCAACAUGCCAGGCAUGCACAAAUCAGAACUCCCAGGGAUGCGAGCCGCCGCUCCCCUUGCAGAACAGCAGGCAGGCGGGCUGCAGCACACUCUCAGCAUGAAGGAAUUAGAGACCCCUUCUCCUGAACC